UUAACUGACAGACGCGGCAUCGGAGGAGGAGAGGGGAAAGGGGGACAAAACCCUCGCUGCCACCGGAGAGGCCGGCCGGCGAUGGCGGCGGCGGCGGCGGGAUGCGGUGGCGGGGGUGGAUACUGCGAGCUCCGUGACGUGAGGGUCGAGCUGGACCUGAGUAAGGUCGUCGGCGGUGGGGAUGGUGGCGAGGGGUUCGCCGUCUGCUUCUGGCUCUACCUCUCCAGCUCCGCGAGGCCUUCCUCUGUCAUCCUUCAUCAGAUGGAAGGAGGAGGUGGUGGUAGGGUGCCAUUUCUGGCUUUGGGUGAAGGAAGCAAACUGGUUCUCUUCCCAUUGCUGGGGUUUCACAGAGAAGCCCCUACUCCUGGUUGUUCUUACCCAUGGACUGGCAUAACCAAUCUAGCCGAAGUUAAUGAAUGUCCUCUAGAUAAUUGGUUCCAUGUCGGAUGUGAGGUUACCGAACAUAUUAUGCGUCUUCAUAUUGAUGGCAACCUAGUUGCUGAGGCUCAUCUUUGUUUGCUAUACAACAAACCAGGAAAUCAGAAUGAUUUAAAACAAAUUAACUUAUUAGGAAGCGAGGACAAGCUCGAAGGAUAUGUAUAUAAUAUGGAGUUAUCAUCUAUGCUAGGAACCAUACAGCAACAAUAUGCAGAGAACCCUCCAUUUAAGUUAUCUAUUGACUACUCAUGCUGUGAUGGAAUCGAGGAGGGUGAUGAUGGUAUCUGGAAUAUUGUGGGCGGGAAGGCCUCUUGCCGGAGGAAUUUCAUUUUGGAAGUAGUACUAGUAGAUGCAUUUGGUGAAGCAGUGAAGGAUCGAGAGAUCGCUGCUUCACUUGUCUAUGCUGACAAUGGAGCAUUAGUUGAAAAGUCAAGGGAUGAUUCGGAACCUCCCUUGCUAAUUAGUUGUGAUGGACUUGAAUACCCAGCUGUAAGCAGGCCUCUGCCAAUUAUUCGUGGGCGUGCACUAUUUAAACUCAAGAUUUCUCAGUUAUCUUCUAAAUGUGACAAUAAGCUCUUCCGUAUUUAUUUCUCUACACUUGACAUGAAAAGAUAUCCCUUUUUGGAGGCAUAUUCCAAACCCAUCCGUUGUAUAUCGCGAAACCGCACCAACCGCCAGUUGGGUUCUGUAAAGCGGAUAGGCUCUUCAUUGGUGGAUGAAAUCCAAUCGACCAAUAAUAUCGAGGGGGUUGGUCAUAAUGGAAAAUCAAAUGGUCGUUUACAGACACAUGACCCAAGUUCAGUGGUGUGUUUCCAUCCAUCCAAAUUCUCCAAGAUAGAAGGCGAUGUACACAAAGUAGCAUCAGAGAAUAAGCAAGCAAGAAAGAUGAUGCUAGACAAAGGAGUGCAGGAUGUCAUGGGGUCUGAUUCUACAGCAUCAGACUUUGACAGCAUGGAUGCAGGAAGUUCUUGGAGUGGAUCAGAUGGAGAUGAAGUCGAAUCCUUUUCAGACGCUGAGAUUUUCAGAUAUUGUUUAGAUAGCACAUAUGAGCGGUUAAAGUUUCUCAGAAGUGCAGCUCCUUCUGUCAAUGAAGAUGACUUGGUAAAACUUGCAAAUCAGGUCUCUUUGUAUAGUGGAUGCGCCCAUCACAGAAACCAAAUAUUAAUGUCAAAGCAACUGCUCCAAGAGGGUGCUGACACUUGGAAUUUAAUCUCAAAGAACAAUGAACACGCACUUUGGUCAUCUGCAGUUAAUGAAAUCAAAGCAAAAUUUAUGGACAUUGUCCAUCCUUCCAACAGGGGUUUGUCAGAGCAGGAUUUUGAGGUUUUAAGAGGAAUUGCUGGUUGUGGUGAUGACAUUGGAAGAGACGAAUUCGAUAAGCUAUGGUCCUGGCUAUACCCAGUUGCUGCUGCUUUGUCAAAAGACAAAAUAAACAAGCUGUGGGAUUGCACAACACAUAGAUGGAUAGAGGGAUUGAUUACAUUAGAGGAAGCUGAGAAUGCACUUAGAAGUUCCAGGGAACUGGUUAAAAGGCAAGGAACAUUUGUCCUUAGAUUUCCUACUACCCGAAGCUGGCCACAUCCAGAUGCUGGUAGCCUGGUUGUUACCUACGUCGGCUCUGAUAACUCAAUUCAUCAUAAACUUCUCUCUCUUGAUGUCAGUGAUGCCAGGUCUGGCAACCUAGAAGAUUUGCUGCUGAAGGAGCCCGAAUUAUCCCAGCUGAGCAGGGUUGAUCGCCUGCCAACUUCUAUGCAGAGCUGACAAAAGAAAUGGAUUUAGUCUCGAGCAAAUCAAAGUUCAUCCCACAGGCAAAACUGAAUACAAGAACCAGUUGCAUACUAGUGAACUUGUAGCCUUGUACAGUUUGUUGUUCUUUGACUGGAAGAGAUGGUAAUAGAUUAGUAGUGAACAUGUAGCCUUGUACAUUUUGCCUUUUAGUUUUAGUUUUUUUGUGGGGUGAGGAAGGCAGGAAGCCAUGUACAUUUUGGUUCUCAUGUAUUGGGCUCGGUGCUUUUGCUAGGGUUUUGGAUGGGAGUUGCCUGUUGGGCCGUGAUUUUAGUUGUAAAUCUAGGCCCAUCCAUCCAAGGCCUGUAGUGGGAGGGGUUCAGCCAGGCUCAGAGGAUUUUGUAGCGAGUUAUCAAAUUCGAAGGCCGCGUAAAACUUUUUGAACAUGUUGCUGCUCUGAACUAUCAAACCAUUCCUCUGAUUAAUUUAACGUG